CUCCCACCUCCCCCCACACCUACCCCCGCUAGCAAGGUCUGGACGCGCGGGAGCUAGACGUUGGCUCUUUCCAGCGUCUCAAGGGCUCCAUGUGCAUCUCGCGGCUCGUGCUGCUGCCUGUGUUCUUUCUGAUGCUUCCCGAAGACGCUCGUUCUCAGCCCUCUUCCUUCCUGUCAGGGACAGCGCCCACCUCUUCAGUCGUAAAGCCACAGACUCAGGGAGGGACCCUGCAGCCCUCGGCGGCGCUGUCUCCGACCUCCCAGAGCGUCCCUGGGCUCCCCACGAUGGGCCCCACUCUUGUGACCCCCAUGGCGCCGGAGAAUAAGACUACAGACCUCUUUACAGUCCUACCGACCUGUGUCUGUGAUUUGACUCUGGGUGCCUGCGAUGUAAAUUGCUGCUGCGACAGGGACUGCUACCUUCUCCAUCCGAGGACCGUUUUCUCCUUCUGCCUUCCGGGCAGCGUCAGAUCUUCAAGUUGGGUGUGUGUAGACAACUCUCUUGUCUGCAGCAGUAAUUCCCCAUUUUCUUCCAGAGUUUUCAUGGAUUCAGAUGGCAUCAGACAGUUUUGUGUCCAUGUGAACAACUCAAAAUUAAACUAUUUCCAGAAGCUCCAAAAGGUCAAUGAAACUAAUUUCCAAGCCCUGGCUGCAGAGUUUGGAGGCGAUUCAUUCAUUUCAACAUUGAAAUCCCAGUCACCACCAGCUUUUUACAAGGCUGGGGACCCCAUUCUGACUUACUUUCCCAAAUGGUCUAUAAUAAGUUUGCUGAGGCAGCCUGCAAGCGUGGGAGCUAGGGGAGUGUGUGCUGAGAGAAAUCCUGCAGGUUUCUUAGAGAGUAAAAGUACAACCUGCACUCGUAUCUUCAAGAACUUGGCAAGUAGCUGUACCUUGGAUCCAGCCUUGGAUGCUGCCUCUUACUAUAACUUCUCAGUCUUGAAGGUUCCACAAGGUAUGACUGAUCUGCAGAAUAUGAAGUUCCAGGUUCCUGUGACACUUGCUUCUCAGGCCAGUUCUUCUCUGUUGGCCGGAAACACUUGUCAGAAUGUUGUUUCCCAGGUCACGUAUGAGAUAGAAAUCAAUGGAACGUUUGGAAUCCAGAAAGUUUCUGUCAGUUUUAAACAAAUCAACCUGCCUGUUGAACCAACUGUUUCCUUACAACAAGACUUCAUCAUUCGCUUCAGGGCUGUUCAGCAAAGCACGACCACUCCUGGUACUACUGUUCCUAGAAGUGGCAAUCCUGGCUAUGUUGUUGGGAGGCCACUUUUGGUGCUAUCUGGUGAUAGCAGUCACUCCAUGACCCUCUUACAGAGCCAGGGUAAUGGAAUUUGCUCUGUUAAAAGAUAUGAAGUACAGUUUGGAAUGAACACAAUGGCUGGAUGCAAGUUCAGGUCCAAGGAGGUAAACUGCAGCCAGUUGCGGAAUGAGGUUUUUCAGAUUCUUCAUGGAAGCCCGGGACCAGAGCAUGUUGCCAUCUUUGGUAAUGCUCACCCAGCUCAGAAAGGAGGGUGGGCCAGUAUUCUCAACAGAAGCUGCAGUGUUUCAGCCAUGAACUGUACUUCCUGCUGUUUCAUACCAGUUUCUCUGGAGAUCCAGGUGUUGUGGGCAUAUUUAGGCCUUCAGUCCAACCCACAGGCUCAUGUGUCAGGAGCCCGAUUCCUAUACCAGUGCAAGUCCAUACAGGUUUCCCAAGAAGGAACAGAAGUACCUUUGACAACUCUUAUAAACUUCGUGGAUAUUACACAGAAGCCAGAUCCUCCAAGAGGGCAACCCAAAAUGGACUGGAAAUUGCCAUUUGACUUCUUCUUUCCUUUCAAAGUAGCAUUCAACAAAGGGAUAGUCUCUCAAAAAGGCUCACCUUCUCUCAUCUUCAUCCUGUGCCUCUUAUUGCUUGGAGUUCUAAACCUAGAGACUAAGUGAAGAAACAGAGUAAGAUUUAAGUUUUCCUUAUGGGAAGCUCUGAGCAUGCCAAUUUAUAUCUUGACUACAUAGAUCAGUCUGUAUUUGCUCAUGACCAAAGGAGAGCAUUUAGGAAAAUAUAAUCUAAUCAAAGGAAUAUUUGUACAUGAAAGAAGGUAUUUUAGGAUAGCAGUAAAGAGUUGGGGCUGUUGGCAAUUGCCUAUAAUUCCAGAACUCAGGAGGUUGAAAUAGGGGAUUGAGAGUUCAAAGUCAUCCAGGAUUAUAUGGCAAGACCUUAUCCUUAAUAAAAAGGAAUGAAAGAAGGAAAGAUAACAAUAUUUCAUCUAUAAUAGCUAUCCGCUUAGGGCUCUGCAGGCCAGUAAGUACACAUUAGGUUAUCUUCUCAAGCUAAGGAGGCAAAGACCCUUUCUCUAGCCCCUCCGGUUCUAUUUUGCCUGAGCAUAAAGGUUUGCCAGAAAAUCUACUGCUUGCAGGCACUGUCAGGCCUAGCAUGAAUAACAUGCUACCACACUCGCCCAGAGUGAACUAAGGAGUGACUGUCCUCUGGAGUCCAGAGGAGCUGACUAUUGAGGCCAGAAAACUGCUGGCUGUGUAUUUUGUCUAGCUUCUCUGCCAAGGUAGGGCCACAUUGUCCAGGCAGGAGUUGGAAAGUAAUCCUUUCCAUUUGGUUUGCACAAUGAAUGUGGAAUGCCUGCUCUUCUUUCUGUUAGCAAACAACCUUACCAUUCAUUUCUUCUUUCUUCAUUGUGAGGAGAAGGAAAACACUGGCAGUUUUGUAAUACUCUGUCCAGACCAAGGCAAAAUUUAACAGCCCUGUGAUAUGCCUCAGUUUUUUGUCUUUGUUUUUCCUAUGUUUGUGAGAUUAAAAAAAAAAAAAAUGAACUAGGCAUGGUUGCACAGCACUCUGGGACACUGAUGCAGUAGGAAAACAGGUUCAGGUCCACCAUGGGCAACUUAGUGACUUAGUGUGGCCCUGUCUCAAAAUAUAAAAGGGGCUGGGCAUGCAAUUCAGUGUGAAAGCUCUUGAGUUCAGUACCCAGUACCACACACAAACAAAAAAUUAUAAACAGCAUAGUAGCAUUUAGGUAAAAAGACAUAGAUUCUUCUGGAGGACACUCCAGAGUCCCCGGUUUUAUGUUAGUGACAUCAGGGUUCAGCAUGAAAUCUGCCUUUUUUAAGUGCAAGGCAGUGGUAACUUAUGAAGGGCAUAGCCAACUGAGAAAUUCUAGCAUCCAAAGAAAAUGGCUUGAAAGGGUAAUUGUCUAUUACUGUUUUUGAGUAGAGGAAUUGGUUGAGAAUUAUAAUAGAAAACUUGGAAAACAGGGAGCAUAUAAAGAUUCAUGCUAUCCUUAAAACUGAAGAAAAAUGUUGGUAGAAGGUUUAUCAUUAAGUUUAUUUUAAACCAUAAAUUCCUUGUGUAUGGAACUAAAUAUUAAAAAAAACUAGGAUAUAAUAGAACUCUAGUGAAACAUGGGAGUGUAAGUUACAACUCUUUCAUGACCUGGCAGUUUUUGUGGGUGAAGGCAGACACUUAACACAGGAUCACAUCUGUUAAAGAAGCAGAUGUUCACUGUAGCCUAGACUACUUAGGAGCAAGCUUUGAGGAGGAGUUGAGAGUGGAGCCAACAAGGCAGCAUGGGUAGGCCUGGGAGUGGGAGGGAGUAGGUGAUCCCAGGAGUCUAGAACAACUUGAAAGAAGACCCAGGGGUUCCAGGCUAGCAGAUUGGGGAACUGAAGUGACUAUAGUAGAAACACGGGACAAAACAGAGAAGAUGGGAAUUCAUUAUAUGGGGACUUGAAAGGCAGGUAAUGAGGACUGGGAACAGUUCAUAUUUUUUUCUCCAAGUGUAUCAAUACACUGACACUAAAAUUGUCAUCUAACAAGGCAUGUUAAGGCAGUAUACUUCAUGAACAAAAACUGCUAAUUAUAAACACUGUCCUUGGCUGGCUUAUUUUCUUGCUAGAUUUCAAAGUCCCUGUACACUAAUGAGUUCCUCUGGAAGAAGUAAAGUACUUGUGGCAGUAACCUCAAAGCUGCAGGAAGUGCUUCUCACGCGGGUGAUUCCACACAGGGAAGCUGGUAGCUGCGAAGGUAAAGGUGCUGUCUGUACCAGCAUCUGUUACACAGAUACUUAACUGAGCAGCUCUGCCUCCAGGGGGAUUUGUGGGUGGCAAAACUGACCACAAGGCUUUUAGAAUAUUUUAAGUUCUCCGGGUUUGUUUUAAUAGAAAAUAACUGUGUAUGACAACUCAACCUAGUUUACGGGGCAGCAGACACAAUCCAGUCAGAAUGUACUGUGAGUCCUUUUCAGUGGACUACGGCCCCUGUACUCUUUUAUUCAGAUCCUUAUUUCCAUGCCCAACAGCUAUAAGACCAUUCUGUUCUUUUUUUUAAAAAAUAGGAAGUGCUAAAUUAAACAAUUGCCAGAGUUCAAUGUGUAAUAAUUUGCAGAAAUAGGGAUAUAAAUAAAUGGUAAGAUAAUUCAAGGAAGAUCAUUAGAAAAAAAGAUAUUUAUCUGUUUUGAAAGUACUACUCUCCAAAAUGCUUAACAUCGAUAGAGAACACAGUGUAUUUAUUCCUUGAACUAAUGAUGUGGAUACUUCCUUUAUCAAGUGACCAGUCCCCAUACCAAGGAAUCAGUGAUGGACAAACUAGAUUACACCUUGGUCUUUUGAGGUAUUCAUCACAUUUAGAAGCAGAGGGACUAUGAUUGUUAUAACACUGGCCUUUAGGAGUAAAAAUCAUCAAGCUGUUUGUGGUUGUGAAUCUGAGGCUCAAGAAGGAUGUCUCUUACGUUCUGCAUGGGCUUUAACUUGGUUUGCUGGUGUGUAUCUUUAUUAUUUUUUUGGUCUUUUUCCUUUUUAUCGGUACCAGGGAUCAAACUCACGACUGCCUGCUUGCAAGGCAGGCGCUUAUGCCGCUGAGCUAAAUCCCCAGCCCGGUGUGUAUCUUCUUUAUCAAGUGAAAAAGCUACUCCUUGUGAUGCAGUCUUCUUCUAUCAGCAGUACUUCAAACAGCAGUACUUUGGACCUAGAAUCCAGUGCUUUUUGUUCUUCAUCAUUCUUAUGGCUAAAGUUUUUCAGGCUGAGUUUGAGGAUGAGUAAGACACUGAGUUUGAAGGUGAGAUUGUGGCACUCAGCCAGUUAUUCUGAGUGUCUCAGCUCCUGGUAUCUUUCAGGGUCAUUUCGGGUAAGCAGGUUUUUGAGAUGGAAAAAUAAGAUAAUGUGUAAUGAUGUGCCUCCCUGGGCACCAUUUCUGAAAUUUAUGUGUUAAGUUCAUAAUCUCUAGAGCCUCAAAUUGAAUUCCAAAAUUGAAAUCCCUGGUGUUCUUCUGGCUUCUGGCUUCAUCUUUGCAAGCGUAUUAAUUUGGCCUUUUCUAGAGGGACCUGCAUGCUUCUCCCAUAGGGAGGCUAGACUGUUGAGAGGUGUAGAGGAAUCAGAUAAAUCCUGGUAACAGAAAAAGCCAAAACCCUUUGUUACCAUGAAUCCUUCAUCACUUUCUUUAUUCUCUGCAUCUCUUGGAGCUCCCUGGUCGUCCUUCUCUUGUUUCUGAUCAUUUUGAGUUCUGGCCCCAUCCAGAGUAGAGCUCACUUCAGGCAGUCCUUCUAAGAAGUUCUUGUAAGGGGGUCGUGUCAUUGUGACCAGAACUGUUCCCCUGUUUAACUCUCAAAGAGGUGCUUCAGGUUUCUCUUCGGUGGCUCAUAGUCAGACUGAAAUUUAGUUGAGGAAUCUUGAAGAGGAAUCUUGUUCCUCUUCAUCUCAUUACCAUGGUUUUCUGGGCUGAACUUGAGGGUAAAGUGCUUGACCAGCUUGUGCCAGUUUUUCACAGCUCUGCCUUUAGUGUCUGUCAGGAGGUCCUUGAGAUUCAGGUGGAGGGAAAAGAUGACAUCUCUUCAUUCCUGGAAUUUCUGUCCUAAUUUCAUCAAGUAAUCCCUGGGGGCUGAGUAUUUAGCUCAGCGGCAUAAAGCACCUGCCUUGCAAGCAGGCAGUCCUGAGUUCGAUCCCUGGUACCGAUAAAAAGGAAAAAGACAAAAAAAAAAAAAAAAAAAAAAAAAAAAAGAAAAAAGAAAACCCCACAAAUCCCUGUUAUUUUGGGCUUCAUUCAAAGUAGAGCAAACCAUGUACUCCUAUAGAUAUGGCGAGGCUGGACUUUUGGGAAACAUCAAAGGAGUCAGACAAGUCCUAGCACCUGGAAAAUAUUAAACACUGCAUUCAGUGAGUCCUGCAGCACUUCAGUCACUGCCUCUCAUGCAGCUCCCUGGGCACCAUGGGAUUUUCCUCUUCCUGUUUCUGAUCAUCUUGAGUUUUACCUGCAGCUGUAGGAGAGGAGACAUUGUGAUCAUUCUGUAGAAUAGCAGUGGUGCUGGGAGGCUGCUGGGUGUCAGGUUUCAAGUCCUGCAGCCUUCAUACCAUCCUGCAAGCCAUCCUGCAAGAUGCCUUGUUUAUUUUCCUGGUAUAGUCCCUCUGUGCUGGAUUGUUGUUUUCCAUUUUGGUCUUCCAGGUUUUCUGGGUUGAGGUACUGACAAAGUGCUCUGCCAGCCUGCACCCAUCAGCUAGAUGCUGCUGGAGGCAUUGUCCUGGAUGGUGUUAUGUGACCACCAGUGAGGAAGUCCUUGAGAUGAUUCUUGAGGAGAAAUGACAUAUCUCUCACCAGUAGCUGCUGGUGAGAGCUGCUGUUAGCUCGCACAGUUCUCAUUCCUUCGCUUGUAUUCCUGUUCUCAUUCUUUAGCUGUUCCACCAGUGACAGUUUGUGGGCCUGCUCCCUACUUCUAAGGCUCCAGCCUCUUCCUUCAGCACAGAAUUGUUGUUGUCUUUGACAUUUACAUAGUUGUAUUCCUGCCACUCAUUGCCCAGGGAGUAAAGAGUAGCUUUUGGUGUAAGAAAAGUUGCUUUAGGUCUCAGAACUGUUUUUGCUGUCUUCUAGCUGAGAGUGCCAUUUCUAUGAUACUCAUUUCAGCCAUUGGAUCAGAUGAUCAGCUCAGGGAUCCUGCUGUAAUGACAUCAGUGCCAGAAGAGGUACAUUCAGCAACUUGUCAUUUCUCCAGCUAAUAGGAACAUAGUAAGAGCUACUGAUGUGGCUGUUGCAUUCUCAGACAUUAGGUACCGUAAACAUUAGCCAACCUGGUAAUAUUCUGAGAGGUUGCCAGUCACUACUCUGAGACAGGUGCUGUAGCCCAUCUGAGAACUCUAGGAUAUUAGGACGAUGGUUUCUUUGGCUCUGUAUGCACAGUUCCCAGCUCAGGACCAAGCACCAAGGAGGCUGUUAGUAGUGUUUACUUGCUUGCAAAUCUGCCAUCACUGUGAGGAAAUUUCUGCCCAUGAGUGCUCUCAGGGAUGAGCUGCCUCUCCUUUUGGGGUUCUGCUCUGCCAUGACCUUUUACAUCUACUCCUUUACUUGUGGUUUCUCAGGAUGUGGGCUCAGGACAGGCUCUUUUUCUUUUAGACUAGUUUUUUUACAAUUACAGAGGAAAAUGUCUAGCAAUAGUUCUCUCUCCACAGUGGCUGUUAUACCAGCACUUUAGUACCAGGCCAGAUUGGACAGCAGCAGCUGGAAGUCAAAGUCUCACUGGCUGUAAACCAGCCCUAAAGCAAUGCUCACAUCCCCCCUCCAUGAGAAUGUGAGGCUGCACCAACCCAUCCUCACUGCCUGCCUGCACAGACCUUGACUUGCUCCCAGGUCUUAGUGGCCAAAUGCAAGACCUAGAGAUCCUUGUAGUGGUAGAACUUGUCCGCUGGAAGAAGCAAACUCCCUCUGAAAAUCCAACCUACCGCCCUAAGGCACCACCACAGCCACCUCUCCCAACAAAUACUUGGGUACAUUCUCCAGUUUGGCAGUCCUUUAUGUAUAUACCUUAAAACUCAUUCUUUUAAAGCAUAUAGUUCAGUUUUUCAAGUAUAUUCAAUUAUAUAACUAUCAUCAUUAAAGAAAAAACCCAUACUUAUUAGUGGGCACUUCCUAAUUCCUUUCUCCCCCAUACUCCCUGGCCAUCACUAAUACCCUUUGUCUAUACUGAGUUUUCUAUUCUGGACAUCUCAUAUAAAUGUAGUUAUGUCUGGCUUCUUUCACUUAGCAUAAUAUUUUCAAGUUUGACCCAUGUUGUAUGUAUCAGUACUUUGUUCCUUUUAUGGUGAAUAAUAUUCUAUUGUAUAGAUGUGUCACAUUUUAUUUAUCCAUUUAUCAAUUGAGGAUUUGGGUUUUCACUUUUUGGUAACUAUCAACAAUUUGAACAUUUAUGUAAGUUUUUUUUUUUUUUUUUUUUUUUUUUUUUUUUGUGGUACCAGGUAUCAAACUCACAACCUUGCGCUUGCCAGGCAGGCGCUUACGCCACUGAGCUAAAUCCUCAGCCUUAUAUAAGUUUUGUGUGGAUAUUUUUCCAUUCUUCUUGGAUAUGUAUUCAGGAGAACUGUUCAUACAUAUAAUAACUUCAUGUUUAACUUACUGAGGAGCUGCAGGACUACUUUUGAAUGUGACCAUAGUACUUUAUAAUCUCACCAGCAGUGUAUAAGGGUUGCAGCUUCUCUAUAUCUUGUCCUACAUUUGUCUUUUUAAAUUUUAGCCAUUCUAAUGGGUAGUAAGUGGUGUCUCAGCUGAUCGUGAUGAUGCACACCCCUAAUCCCAGCACUUAGGAGGCUGAGACAAGACGAUCCCUGAGAGAAUUUGAGGUCAACCUGAGCUACACAGUAAGUUCAAGGCCAGCGUGAAUUACAUAGUGACACAUUUUCUCAAAAAACAAAAGAAAAAUAAAGUGAUAGCUCAUUAUGAUCAUUGUGCUUUUUUAAACUGCAGGCUGGGCAUAGUGACACGUGCCUGUAAUCCCAGCAUUUAGGAGGCUAAGGCAGAAGGAUCACUGUGAAUUUGAGGCCAACCUGGCCUGCAAAAUGAGUUCAAGGCCAGUUUGAACUGCACAGUGAAACCCUGUCUCAAAAAAAAAAAAAAAAAAAGUAAGUAAACAAACAAAUUGUGGCAUAGAGAUCUUACACACAAGUCAGCAAAUCUGCUUUUCCAAAAAGUACAUCCCAGUGUACUUUUCUUCUUUGUCUAAUUAACUCAUUAGCCCACUCUUCAAAUACAAGCUGUUGACCAUAUCUUCAGUAAGAUUUUAUGAUUAUCUUAUCUCAGUCCUCUCUCUGCAACAGACCUUCAAACUAAUUAUCUUAUUCAGUUGAAAGACUGGUACACAUUAGGACAUAUACUUAGUUUUCUCUACAUUUUUUAGACCACCUAUAGAAUAAUGCAGUCUUAUUUCUCUCCCUUUAUCCACAGAUGUAUAUUAUCCACCAUUUAACUUAUUGUAUAAAGAAUCUUUGUUGAAGUCAUGUACUCAAUUGAAGAAACAAGUUUUACUGAAAAGAAAUAUAUAAAAUUUGGGUAAAAUGAAACCAAUCCACUGCAGGUGUGGAGAAACAGGUACUCUCAAAUACUUCUAGUUGGAAUGUAAACUGACAGCAACUUAAAGAGAAUGUGAAGUAGCAAUCUGGUAAUAUACAUCAAAAUUUUUUAAAAUGUUCAUAAACUUUGAUCCAACAGUUCUAGUUAUUAGACAUUGUGAAAGGAAAAAAAAAUAAGACGUCUAUAUAUUGGAAGGUUACGAACCACUGAAAAUAGUGCAUGACUGCUUUUAUUGUAACAGAAAGCAAAGCAGGUGGAGCUGGAGAUAUGGCUCAGCAGCACAUUGCCUUCCUGGCAAGUGCGAGGUUGUGAGUUGGAUUCCUGGUACUGAAAAAAAAAGUAGAAAAUAAAACGUGACAGAUACUGUCUAUGAUCCUAUUUAUUAUUUGAGAUAGGGUCUCACUAUGUAGUUUAUAGUAGCCUUGCACUAUGUAUCCCAGGCUAGUGUCAAACUCAUGGUGAUCCUCCUACCUCAGCCUCCUGAGUGCUAGAAUUAUAAGAAAUGUGAUACCAGUUUUAUAAAUUGGUAUGUAUAUGUACCUGCUUAGGCAAACAAAAUCUGGAAGAGUAUAUGCAAAAGGAUUUUUAUAAUCAGAGAAUAUAGGCCAUUCCCAUGAGCUGAUGCAAGCCAUGUGGGGCCCAGGAAGAGAAACAAGCCAAUUUGCCCUUCUCGUUAGUUGGAAGAAGCCAUGCUGGCCUGGGAGGAGUAACAUGAAGCCAGCUCACCCUUUCUGUGAGUCAACUGGUGUGUGCAGAUGGAUACAAGAACCACUCUCCAACCCCAUAAGCAACUGGCUGAUUCAGAGGACAGGCUGAGUUGAUAGUAUCCAAGGUACCAAAAGAACUUAAUGGUUGUAUUGUCUGACUUUGCAGUAGUCAAACAAUUAGGCCAGUAGUCUGGGCAUCUGUUAAGAAGAUAACGGUAUGCGGUAUAGGAUUUCCUUCUGUCUUGUUUUGAAAUCCAACAUUUUUCUCAGUUUUGUUGUUUUGUUUUUGUUGUAUUCAGUGUUCUAUUUUGUUUAGUUUAUCAUGUCUGAUAGUAUGGGCAACAAUUUUGAACAUAAUAAGAGGCAUUAUGGUAGUCAUUGAUUUCCUGUUAUCCUGUUUAAAAUCCUGUAUCACUUUCACUGUUUUGAUUGGCUUUUUCUGUUUUGUUUGGUUUUAUUCUCUCUAAAGUAUGCUUUCACUCUUUUAAUUGGUUUUAUUCUGCUUUGCUUGAUUUGAUUAUGUCUGAUGGUGUGGAUAGGUAUUUUGAAGAAAACGAGAUAUUACAGUAGCCAUUGUUUAUUUCCUAUUAUCUUAUUUUGAAGUUGUGUCUCGCUUUCAUUGUUCUGAUUGUUCUGAUUUCAUUGUUUCUUUAUUCUGUUUUGUUUAGAUUUUAUUCUCUUUAAAAGAGAAAAUAAAACUUUUGAGAAAAAGAUAUUUACUCUAUAAAAAGAACAGCUAUUUAUUGUAUGUAGGAAUGUUCAGCAUUUACACAUCCCUUUCCUGUUCUAUCAAUGUGUCUAGCAUUCUAGGCCUGUCUAACAAUGACUGUCCCAGUGUGUCUGCUAUGAGUCUUUAUAAGAAUGCUGAUUCCUGGGUCCUGCCCCCAGAACUUCUAAUUCACUGGUGGAAGAGGAGGCUGGAAGUAAAGAUUCUAAAAAUCUGUAUUUUUUUUUAAAGGGUUUCUUGGUGCUUCUGAUUUAAAAACCAGAUGCAGCCUGGUUUUAAAGCAAUAAAGUGGUAUGUUACAUACUGUG